AUGUCGAAACGACAAGCUUCAGAAGCUCUCGACGAGCUCCUGGACAUCGCAUCUCCCUCGUCCAAGCGCUCUCGAAUGGGCGACUUCGACUCACCCCUCGCGAACAGCCACGACGAAGCGCAGAGCCUCGAGCAGGAUGGAGAAGGAAGGAAUGGAGACGCAGAGGACGCAAACAGCGACGAAUUCGAUGAUGAAGAGGACGAUGCGUCGCCCAUGGUGGCUCCUCAGCGCCAAAAGGGACCGGCAGACGGCUACGACGACCUCUAUCUCGACACCAUCGACCGCAACGUGCUCGACUUUGACUUUGAGAAGCUGUGCUCCGUGUCCCUCUCCAACAUCAACGUCUACGCAUGUCUCGUGUGCGGCAAAUACUUCCAGGGCCGCGGCGUAAAGUCACACGCCUACUUCCACUCCCUGGACGAGGACCACCACGUCUUCAUCAACCUCGAGACGCAAAAGGUCUACGUCCUGCCCGACGGCUACGAGGUCAAGAGCAAGUCGCUCGACGACAUCAAGUACGUCUCCGACCCGCGGUACACCAAGAACGAGGUCAUCCAGCUGGACCGCCGCGCCAACCACGUCAGCUGGACACUCGACGGCAAGCAGUAUACGCCGGGCUUUGUCGGCAUCAACAACAUCAAGGAGAACGACUACCUCAACGUGGUGGUGCAGGCGCUGUCACAUGUCUCUCCCUUACGGAACUACCUGCUGCUGGAGGACUUUUCUAAGAAGUCAGAAAUCGUAAAGAGGUGCAGCAUUCUCUUCCGCAAGAUCUGGAACCCGCGCGCCUUCAAAUCACACGUCUCCCCCCACGAACUGCUUCAGGAGAUCGCCCUCCUCUCCAACAAACGCUUCACGCUCACGAACCAGUCAGACCCCGUCGAGUUUCUCUCCUGGUUCCUCAACAACCUCCAUCUCGGCCUCGGUGGCAGCAAGACAAAGCCUGGAAGCUCCAUGAUCCAGCGCACAUUCCAGGGCAAGCUCAAGGUCGAAUCGCAGGCCAUUACCGCUCGAGCAGACGCAGGAGACCGUCUGCGCUUCGAGGAGGCUGGCGAAGUCAAAGUCGACAUUGUGCGCUUCCUAUUCCUAACGCUCGACUUGCCAUCAGCACCGCUGUUCCAGGACGAGCUGGAGAAGAACAUCAUCCCACAGGUCCCUCUCAGCACCAUCCUAAGCAAAUACGACGGCAAGCGAGCGCAGGAGCAUCACGCACAGCGAAAGCGCUACCGCCUACUGCAUCCUCUCCCGCCGUAUCUAAUGUUCCACGUCAAGCGCUUCUCCCAGAACAAGUUCGUCGCAGAGCGCAACCCCACAAUCGUCACCUUUGACGCGAGGAAUCUCGACAUUUCGCCGUAUGUGGAGCCCAAUCCCAAUGAGUGGCCCGUGGGCGAGCCGAUAUGGUACGAUCUCGUAGCCAACGUCGUCCACGAGUCAGUCCGCAAGAAGGAAGACGUCGCAGACAGCGGCGAGGAGAAAAAGACGUGGAAGGCCCAGAUCAAGGACAAGGCCACCGGCGAGUGGGUCGUCUGCCAGGACUUGUUUGUUGACAAGGUACAGAGCGAGCUGCUAUAUCUCGGAGAGACAUAUCUACAGAUCUGGGAGCGGAGAAAAGUGCCCGCCAAGGGGAAAGGAAAAGCGUAA